UGAAUUCUUAAUUUCAUUCGUAUUUCUCUCUGACGUAUCGUAAAUAAACCAUCUGAUAUAAAGUUUAGAAUUAUAUUUUUUUAUUUUAAAAUAACAUAAGUGUUGUAACGUACACGUAAUUUAAACAUUUCAAUUAUAUAAAAUGGAAAUCUCAUUUAAAGGGAAGAGAAUUCUAGUAACCGGUGCUGGACAAGGAAUUGGUCGUGGUAUUGCAAUAGAGUUAUGGAGAGCUGGAGCAAAUAUAGUAGCUUUAUCUAGAACGAGAGCUCAUUUAGAGACAUUGCAGAGCGAGUAUCCUUCUAUCGACAUAGUGGACGUUGAUAUUGCUGACUGGGAUAAAACACGAGAGGUCGUUGAGUCUCUAGGUCACUUUGAUGCGCUUGUGAACAAUGCUGCGGUUGCAACUUGCGAACCCUUUCUCGAAUGUACGCCCUCAGAUUAUGAUAAAAUGUUCAAUGUCAAUGUAAAAGCUGUUCUCAAUAUAAGUCAAAUUGUUGCAAGAAAAAUGGUUGAAAACAAAACCCAUGGUGCCAUUGUAAACAUAUCCUCUCAAGCCUCUAAGGCAGCCUUAAAAGAUCAUACCAUUUACUCUGCUUCCAAAGCAGCCCUUGACGCUUUGACUCGUGCCAUGGCAUUGGAACUGGGUCCCCAUGGUAUUAGAGUAAACGCCGUAAACCCUACUGUCAUAAUGACCGAAAUGGGCAAGGUUGGAUGGUCUGAUCCCAAUAGAGCUAAUGAAAUGCUUUCAAAAAUACCACUAAAUAGAUUUGGUGAAGUAUCAGAAGUAGUUAAUGCUGUGGUUUUCCUUUUAAGUGAAAAAUCCAGUAUGAUUAAUGGUGUUGAACUACCCAUUGACGGAGGCUUCCUUGCUACAUAAAAAUCUCAAGUUUUUUUUUAUACCAAAGACAUAAAAACUAGACAUUUUGUAUUUUCAUAACUUUAAGUUAAUAACAAUUUAUCUCCUUUUUAAAAUAUUGUUAUUAUCUACCAAAGAAAGCUAGAUCACCACUUAUGAUGUAUUAAAACUUGUAAUUCUGUAUUAGUUUGCCAUUUUUUAAAUAUAAGUUAAGAAUAUAUGAUGUUUAUAUUGUUCUAACAUUUUAAGAACAUCUCCACUUCUCCAGUUAUAAUGAAUCUUAUGUACAUAUUGUAUACUUAAUAUAAUACUUAAUGAUUAUUAAAAAAUGUUUAUUGUAUAAAAGCUAGCUUGCAUUGGUGACAAAUGUUGCUAUAAUUAUUUCUUCACUAUUUAUCAAUUUGUAUGACCAGAUAGAACGUACUAGGACGUGACAAGAUGUUUAUUUAUAUUACAGAGAAAUGAUAAGCAUUGGAAAAUAUUUCCGACGACAACUACGAGUAUCACUAUGCGUAAUAACUUGACACCAGUAAAGUGCUUUCCGAUAUUGUCUAUAAUUUUUCAAUAUGGUGCCUACUAUCAUUCAAUUAAUUUGUUAAAUAAAUGCCAUUUGUUAUA